GUGAAAACGACACAGCUUAGUGUUUUUUUUUUUAUUUUUACGACUGCGUUUUAGCGUGUUUUCUUUAUACGACACCGUUUGGAUGUUUAAUUUUAUGUGGCUUUUAUCAAAUUAUAUAUAAACCAACGGUCAUGAUCGAGUUACAGUUUUAGUACUUGUUAAAAAUUAGAAAUCAACGGCUCGUACCAGUGAAAGAGAGUGAGCUUCUAAAUCGAACCGACACUUUUCGCGAUGAAGGAGGACGACGCCUUGCCGACGACGGCGACGGCGAAUUCGAAGAAGGAACACUCCGAAUCCGUGUUGUUCGGAAGAGGACGUUACAAGUUCUACGCGUUUGCUGCUCUCUUGCUUCUAGCAUUUUGGUCGAUGUUCACCGGUACAGUAACGCUCCGGUUAUCCACCGGGAAUCUAAACCGGUUAUCUGAAGAUCUCCGGGUUCGAAACUACGAUCACCUCGACGCUCUGGAAAUGGAGGAGAGGGAGAGAGUGGUGAAGCGUAUGUGGGAUGUGUAUACCAACAGUCGUCGGAUCAAGUUGCCUCAGUUUUGGCAAGAGGCGUUCGUUGCUGCUUAUGAUGAGCUUACUAGUGAUGUUCCUGGGGUUAGAGAUGCUGCUAUUGAUGAAAUCGCUAAGAUGUCGGUUCAGUCUGUCAAACUUGAUUCAAAACCUUCCCGAUCUAUGAGCGCAAGGGGUCUGGGAAGAAGCUUCAAGAAGAUUCUACACAAGCCAAGCAGCAAGUAGCUGAUGAUAAUGAUAAACCCAAGUUCAUUUCUACUUGCUGAAGCCAAAAAGAUGAUCCUUUUAAAUUCCAUCGAUUGGUAGUUACAUACAAAUACCUUAUUAUGAGGGAUCCUUGUGAUAUACUUUCAUCUGUAAUACAAACACAAAUCGAACUCUAAAGUCUACAUUAAUUAAAGUAAAUCUUGAAGAAAAUAUUAUUUUUACGCUC